AUGGAAGCCACAAAAAACACUGAUUUAGUAUUUGAAACUGAUUUACCCGUGAUUUCGACAAAAGACCAAGACAAGCCCAAAAAGAUAAAUAUUCUAUCUGACAUCAUUUUACCAGAAUAUAAGACUGAGCCUAUUGCAAAAACUAAAACUAAAUACUCUAAAGAAAUUGAUACAAGCUUUAACAUUUUAUCACAAACUUUUCCUUCAGAACGCAAUAUUAUCAUAGAAAAACCACGUAAGGUAAGAAAAAUAGAUAAUAUUGCUUUUAAUAUUAACGUUCAUGGUGUUUUAAGUAGUGACGAUAAUGAGGAUAUUAGGGAUGUUGAAAACGUCAAACCAGUUAAAAGACCAAGAAAAUCUCUAGAUAGUUCUACAACUACUGAGGAAGAUUGGAUUAGCACCCAUAGUGAUUCUGACAUAAUUGAAGCACUUAGUGAUGUUACAAAUUUUGAAAUAAGUAUGAAAGAGUCUACAAAUAUUGAUGAAUCUAUAAAUAUGGAAGAAUCUAUAAAUAUGGAUAAACAAAUAAUAAAAGAAGAUAUACAUCAAAUUGACAAGAAUUCAAAGAAAAAAGAGUAUUAUGAAUUAGGAGAAAAAGUGUUGGUAAGAUACUAUCAGUCAAAUAAAUGGAAGUACUAUGUAGGAUUAAUUGAAAGUGUUAAUGACAAUUCAAAAACUUUUACUAUAUCUUAUUACAAAUGCAUAAAAACAAAGGAUUCGGAUGAUAUUAAAUUUAUUAAACUUAAGCUCUUGGAUCGAGAUAUAGCCAUACCAGAAAGUAACAUUGUUAAAAUUAUAGAACUUUUACAAUUCAAUGAAAAUCCUGAAGAAUAUGCAUUAAUGUGUGAUAAGGAUUCUGUGUACUUUUAA